CCGGAAAUGGAGUCCCGUAUGUUUUAAAAAGAGAUCUUUUGCAGCUGGAUAGUGUCUCACGGCUUCCUUUACGCUAUUCAGGUGCACUAUGAGCAACGAAGACCUCAUUUCAGUGGAUUAUGAAAUUUUUGGCAGAGUACAAGGCGUAUUUUUUCGGAAAUACACUCAAGCAGAGGGGAGGAAGCUAGGCCUGGUGGGAUGGGUCCAAAACACAGGCGCUGGAACUGUUCAGGGGCAGCUACAAGGCCCACGCAGCCGGGUGAAAGAAAUGCAAGAAUGGCUGAAAUCCACCGGCAGCCCCAAGUCACACGUAACCAAGGCCGAGUUUAAGAACGAGAAUACGGUCGAUAGCCUGGAACACUCAUCUUUUAACGUAGUAAAAUAAAAUCCCCCACAGACUUUACUUGUAAUAUUAACUUUGACGCAGAUGUUUUAUUUAUUUAUUUAAUUUUAUUAGUUGGAAUGCAGCUCAAGUAAGGAAAAGAUGUGUUUAUGUUUCUCCUUAAUAUUCACAUACUAGUAUAAUUCAAUUAAAACUCCUUCCAGCCUGCAUCACG